GUUGAUAGCUGCAGGAGUGCAAAACAAAAGCAAGCCACCGAUACGCCAUGGCCCCUAGGAAAGCUCUCUUGUUGCUAUUGUUGAUUGCCUCCUCCCCCACUCCGUAUAUAUCCCACGCUCUUGAAAACGAACCCAAAAGCCGGAAACCAAUCUCGCCUCACCCUCUCUCCCGGGUAUCUAGCUAGUUUCUCCGAGCCAUGGCCGCCGCGCAGCCGCACGUAGCCCCGCGCCGGCAUCCGCCGCCGCCAGCGGCACCGUCGCAGGCGCCGGCCGCGCGGCCACCGCGGCUCCCGUGCAAGCGGGGUCGCGCCGACGCCGUCGCCGUCGCCCACGGCAGGAAGCAGGAGAGGGUGGCGGAGUCUUGCUGCCCGUCGUCGGACCAGGAUCAGGAGCUGGAGCUGGUGCUGGUCGAGGACGACAGCGGAGACGAGGAUGGCGGAUGCGGCAGCUUCGUCGCCGGUGGCUGUGGGGGACAGGAAGACGACGAGGAGACCGAGGAGAGCAGGAGCGUCGUCGAUUGGUGGCGCCAUCACGAGAGCAGCGGCGGCGGCGGCGGCGGCCGCUGCUCCCUCUGGGCGAACGGGGGCACGGCGGCCGAGGGCGGACUACGCGCCGGCAGCGAGCGCGACGACGAGGACCCCAAGGUGGCGGCGGCCAGGCGGCAGGAGGAAGACCGCAAGUUCUGGGAGGCGUGCCUGGCGUCGGGCUACCCCUGAGGCUUGGAUCGCGGCCAGAUCAGUGGCCGCGCCAGUCAGCCGGCCUCAGCAAGUUUGGGCUUGGGACGUCGUUGCAAGUUACUGCAACAGUAGCGUGUGUAUUUGGCGUCAGCAAAAUUCAUUCAUCAAAAAAGAUGCAGGUUUGCAGUUGCAGUAACAGACCUAGUAGCUUAGUGAUUCUUUCGUUCAGAAAGUCGUGUGCACUCUGUAUCUAUUUCUUGCACUUCACUUUGGGUUAUUUUUUCUCUUCGUGGUGCAAGACAGGGGCAAAAAAAAAAUGAACACCACACGUGUAGUUAAAAAUAUACAGGGGCUAACAUAUGCUUGUCACUCUAGAGAUUUUGCUGCCAGUGGAAAGAAAGCAUUUCUUUUCAGUAGCCAGUUUAAAAGGAAAGGUGCCCUUUAGUGUAUGUCAACUGUUUCUAGAAUUCCCAACAGGAAAAAAGUACACCUUGUGCAUUUGUUAAAA